AUGACCAACUCCGCCCAAUCGACCUACUUUUCCUUCCCUUCCUACGAGAGUCACUUCAUCAGUGAAGACGAAGAGGCACCCGCUCCAGUCACACAAGCACUCUCGCAAAAAGCACUUGAGCCCCUGAUCGAUUGUUCCGCUGAAGCCUACCCAAUCAUCCAGCGCGAUUCUCACCUGGAAGCCGAAGUCGAACUGAUCCUUUACCUGAACGCCCCAAGAAAGCCGGCCUCGUUGUACUCGGAAUCCUCAUCCUCAAACAGCUCCAUCCUCUCUUCUUCUUCUUCCUUGAUCAGAUCCAUCAGGAGCUUGUGGCGGUUCAGUUAA